CAGGUCUUUCACGCCAUCUAGCGGUCGGACAUGAAGGUGUAUGUCAUGUGGUGUGGUGAGGAAGCUGUAGUGCUAGCUCCGCGGACCACAAUAAUGGUUUUUGCCGUUUAACUUUGGAUUAUCGAUAUUACAGAAGUGGCCACUGAAGCCAAAGUCGCUGCCAUUGUGGUAGAUGAUUACCCACGUGAUUCUGCAGGCCUGCGGACUGGUUUGAUGAGUUUAGUUACUAUAAAUGAAUAGAUCAUCAGCCUGCGAUGGCUCUGCCUUGAUCCCACCUUUGGAUAGUGACGACAGUGCCCUCAGUGACAGUGAGGACAGUGAUGGAGGGAAUCUUUUGUGUGAAGAUGAAAGCACUGAUGAAGACCACACUGCACCUGCUAGCCCAAGUUGCACUGCCGGGAGUAGAGAUAUUCAGUGGGAAACUGUACCACAACAGAACUCUGCUAAAGACUUCCCAGUUUGGGGAAGGGCUCUGUCUCAUGCUGAUGAAAUCAGGCAGCCCGUUCAGUAUUUUAGAGACUUUUUUGAUGCCGAUCUUUUGAAGCAUAUUGUACAGCAAAGUAAUCUUUUUUGUUUUCAGCAAAAACAACGUACUCUUAAUAUGGAUCAAAAUGAACUGGAGCAGUUUCUUGGGGCAGUUUUGUACAUGAGUGUCUUUCAGUUACCACGGUCACGGCUGUACUGGUCCGCUGAAUGCCGUGUGGCACAGGUGGCUGAUAUAAUGUCCAGAGGCAGAUGGGAAGAAAUCAAGGAAUUUAUUCAUUUCAAUGACAACAGCAACAUGGCAUCCAACAAUGAUAAGCUUUAUAAAAUCCGGCCACUGAUUGAUUCACUCCUCAAAAAAUUUCAUGUUUUGCCACAAGACCAACUGUUGUCUAUUCAUGAGCUUAUAGUGCCUUUCAAAGGAAAAACUAAUCUAAAGCACUACCUUUCCAAAAAAACAUUCAAAUGGGGAUACAAAGUCUUUGUGCUUUGUGACACAAAGGGCCUGGUGCAUUCUUUUGACAUAUACACAGGCUACUCUGAUCCUCUCCCUGGGGAACCGGACCGGGGGGCAAAAGGAAAUGUGGUGCUUAAGUUUGCCCAAAUCAUUCCUAGUUCUGCCAACCACUUACUGUUUUUCGACUCCCGCUUUUCUUCCUUGGAUUUACUUGUUGUACUUGCAAAUAAGGGGAUACUAGCACUUGGGGCAAUGAAGCAAAGUCGGCUGCCUGGCUGCAAUUUCAGCAAGGACGGUGUCAUGAAGAAGAAGGGACGAGGGUCUUUCGAGGAGAAAAAGGUUGUUAUCCAAAGUGUGGAAAUCAGAGCUGUCAAAUGGUUUAACAAUAGAGGGCAAAUAGUUGCCAGCACAUUUGCCAGUGCCCAGCCAGUUUGUCAAGUGGAAAGAUCUCACAGGAAGUUAAAAAAGAAUAUUUCAAUAAAAUGCCCACACAUUAUCAGCAUCUAUAACCAGUUUAAAGGUGGUGUGAAUGCUCUUGAAGCACUCAUUUCCAACUUUCCUAUUCAGAUAAAGUCCAAAAAGUUCUAUCAUAGGUUCUUUUUUUAUUUCAUGAAUAUGGUCAUUGUGAACAGCUGGCUCCUAUAUCAGCGUGACUGUGAAUCUCUUAAUGUUCCCAAAAAGAUGCAGAAGGACUUCCUUGAUUUUAGAACAUCAAUUGCACAGGCACUUUGUCUACAAGGGAAGGACCUGACCAGGAAGAGAAGUGGUCAACCCUUUUCAGAAAUAGAGAGAGAGUUUGAAAAGAAGAAACAGCGAGGUGCCACUAAGGCUAUCCCCACACAGGAAGUGCGCUCAGACUCUGUGGGACACUGGCCUGUGAUGGAGAGUGUACGACAGCGCUGCAAACGUCCCAACUGUAAGGGUCUAACUGUCUGUAAAUGUAUAAAGUGCAACGUUCACUUGUGCCUCAACAAGAGGAAGAACUGCUUUAGAGAGUUUCAUGAGUAAGACCUUUUCAACCUUUUUUGUAUUGUGACUUCUUGUUAUUUAUACUGUUGCUUUCUUCAGAAGUGGCUACAAAACAACAUAAAAUUGUCUUCUGUAGACUAAGUAGAAGAUCUGUGUUUGUAUUAUUGAAAUGUAUAACUUUCACUGGAUUUAACAGUAAACAAUAUGAACAAUUGGAAAAAAACAAAAAAAAAUUGUCUGAGCUGAUUACAGGACAUGUUGGCUACAUGG